UAAAUGUCCAAUUAUUCGAGGACAUGGGGCCCCGGGCAUUUUCUUAUUCUGCGUUAGAGAAGAUCACAGACGGUUUUAAAGAAGAAUUGGGUAGAGGAUCAUUUGGGGUCGUUUACAAAGGUAUCAUAGAGAGCUCUAUGAGACCUAUGGCGGUGAAGAAAUUGAAACAAGAACUGGCACCGGAAGGAGAACGAGAAUUUCAAACCGAAAUGAAAGUGAUCGCGAGAACACAUCAUCGUAACUUAACAAGGCUGCUAGGUUAUUGCUGUGAUGGUCCGGAAAGGCUGCUGGUUCUUGAGUACAUGACCCAAGGAUCACUUGCGGAUAUACUAUUCGCACCCAAAGAAAGCAAGCCAAAACCUUGUUGGAUGGAAAGAAUUAGAAUGGCGGUUGAUAUUGCUCAUGGCAUCUUUUACCUACAUGAAGAAUGUGAAAUUCCUAUAAUCCAUUGUGACAUUAAGCCGCAAAAUAUCCUUCUGGAUGAGUACGGAUGUGCCAAGAUUUCUGAUUUUGGGUUGGCUAAACUUCUUGAACAUGAUCAAACUAAAACGUCCACCUUGAUUAGAGGAACAAGGGGUUAUGUUGCGCCAGAAUGGCAUAAACGGCUACCCAUAACGGUUAAAGUGGAUGUUUAUAGUUUUGGAAUUCUUCUAUUUAAUAUUUUGUGCUGCCGGAGGAAUGUGGACAACAGUCUUCCUGAAGGUGAAGCGAUUCUUGAAGACUGGGUGUACGAGUGUUACGAAGCAAAGGAAGUGUUAAAACUAGUAGAUUAUGAUGAAGAUGUAGAAAAGACGAGACUCGAACAAAUGGUCAAAAUAGGGCUUUGGUGCGUCCAAGAGGAGCCAUCUCUCCGCCCUUCGAUGAAGAGGGUGGUGUUGAUGCUUGAAGGGACUGUUAAAAUACCUGUACCUCCCAACCCUACUUCAUUUCUUAGUGUUGUUUAG